AUGUUCUCACAAUUUGAUCCUGAGAUAUGUAAAAGUAAGACUCACCACUCUCACUCCCCCCACUACCUUUGCUUGUAUCAUGCUGCUGAUAUUGAGAGCGGGCAGACGAUGCUAUCAUUGCGGCAAUACACCACAUCAACGCAGGGAGACGAGAUCAAUUCCACAUUUCUGGAAAGAAACAAGAAGAAACACGUGUUAUUGCAGAGAUACAAGAUAAAUUCGGUGGCGUACAUGGACGACUAGAUUCAGUCGAAACCAGUAAUACUGAAUAUCAACGUAGCCUGAAUGAGCGUCUGAUUUCAAAAGUCACUGCCUCAGAUGUGCGAGCUACUUCUUUAGAUGAGGCCGAAAAGGCACCUGGAGGCGAUGGAAGAACGAAUUCGCCUCACGGUACCAGUAGGACAAAGCUAGGAGGGAGACAAAAGGAAGCAUCAAAACAUCAAAGUCUCUGUCGGUGGAUUUCCGAGAAGCUUUGUAUCAAUGGAAAGGGUGGAAAGGAUGAAAAGGGUGGAAAGGGUGAUGUGUGCUUCGCUAAGGACGGAAAGGCAGAGGAAUAG